AUGCACGCGAAAGAUCCGGUUCCUCUCGAAAACGAACCCAAACAUCUCGCCGAGGGGAAAUUAAAGGGAUUUAGAAUCAGCGCAUCUCAUGCGCGUGAUUCCAUAUUGGGGCAUAACAGCAUUUUGUGGAGCAGGGGUGAUGGUUAUGCAAAAUCAGGCGAAGAGGUUACCGAUCUGGGGAUUCAAGAUGAGAAUAGUCUUCAACCUUCCGGCUUAACGGGCCAAGACUUUUCUAGGACUAUCACCCCACAGAGCCAGUGUCGUCCUCCCUCGCGGGCACCUAUAGCCGAAGAAGAUCAGCCACUCACAUCUGCGGAUCCCAAUCCGACGACCAUUGUUCAAGAGGACCUCUAUGCUCAGCCAUCUCCAACUCUGGAUUUCUUCCACCCGUUUCUCGACCCCGAGAUUCUGGAUGGUUUCCCCGACGGCGAGGUCUUGGAUUUCUCGCAAUAUGGGACGAUUCCAGCGAGCUUUGACUUUUUCGACGGUUGGGCUCUUGGUGCUGGAGAGGUUCCGGAGACUAGAGGGAACGAGAUGGGGUAA